GUGGCUUGAAAUCACUUCAAUCUUCAUUUCAGACCACCCAAACAAUACAUAUAUAUAAAUACAGAGAGUUAGAGAGAGAUAAUUAAUUAGAUAACACAAAAACGAUGACGUCUCCGGCGUUUUUCUCUGCUGCCUCGUCGCUGAAUCACCACCACCACCAUCUUCCUCUUCCUUCUCUCUCUACACCAAAACCCUGUAUCUUCUCUCUCCGACCUCACGGCGUAGCUCGGUGUUCGCCGCCGAUCAGGAGGACGUUGCCAUCGGUGAGAGCCUCCGAUUCCGCGGCGGUCAUGGCGGAUCCGUCGGCGGUGUCGUCGUCGUCGGUAGAGGAGGAGGAGGAGAAGGCAGCGGCGGAGAAGAUUGGGGCUAGGGUUAGGGUUAAAGUGCCUUUGAAGGUGUACCAUGUGCCGAAGGUACCGGAGAUUGAGCUGACUGGGAUGGAAGGGAAGUUGAAGCAGUACGUUGGGCUUUGGAAGGGGAAGCGCAUUUCGGCGAAUCUGCCGUUCAAAAUCGAGUUCCUUACGGAGAUCGAAGGACGCGGUUCGGUCAAGUUCUUCGCGCAUCUCAAGGAGGACGAGUUUGAGUACCUUGACUGACUGAUUGAUUUACAGUUGAGUUUCGAUUUCACUUCCCUUUCGAUAAUAGUGUAUGCUAUGAUGAAUGUCACUGACGAAUAAUCCAUUUGUACAAGUUCCGUUUUCAUAAUGAUGUAGAUAAUAUUUCAAUCAAAUCUGUCCGUUGAGUUUCAUCUUAUGCAUUGUUUCUGAAUAGCUGAUACUAAAUUUGCCAGAAUUAUUUGUCUU